GGUUUUGGGCGCAGAGGCUCCUGGGAGGUACGAGUCGUAAUGGUGUCUGUAUGAUUUCCGGAGGCUGCAGCAUUAGACCCCGGCCGACGUGAGCGGCAGGAGGGUAGCAGGUCGUCUCUGUUGUCCGAGAGGGGCGGGAAAGGGUGGUUGCGGCCGGAGUCGGCAGUAGAGAAUCGGCCGCGGGCGGAGGAGGCCGCGGAGCAGCGGGCGGUGGUGGAGCCCGGCGAAUCCCAGGCCGGCCGCGGAGCGCGCAGCGUGAAGGCAGCUUUGCAGAGGGCAUUAAAUAGGGUCCACGCCCCUCCAACCCCCCGACCCCCUGCGAGUCGGGCCUUGGGUGAAGAGUCAGCUAGUUUCUGCAUAAAAGAUGACAACAGCAGCUAGGCCAACUUUUGAACCUGCGAGAGGGGGGAGAGGAAAAGGAGAAGGUGAUUUGAGCCAACUCUCAAAGCAGUAUUCAAGUAGAGACCUACCUUCUCAUACAAAGAUAAAAUAUAGACAAACCACUCAGGAUGCCCCUGAAGAGGUUCGCAACCGUGACUUCAGGAGAGAGCUGGAGGAGAGAGAGCGAGCUGCCGCCAGAGAAAAAAAUAGAGAUCGUCCAACACGAGAACAUACAACCUCCUCAUCAGUGUCAAAGAAACCUCGGUUAGACCAGAUUCCUGCUGCCAACCUUGAUGCAGAUGAUCCUCUAACAGAUGAGGAAGAUGAAGAUGAAGAUUUUGAAGAGGAGAGUGAUGAUGAUGAUACUGCAGCUCUUCUGGCAGAGCUAGAAAAAAUUAAAAAAGAAAGAGCUGAAGAGCAGGCCAGGAAGGAACAAGAACAAAAAGCUGAAGAAGAAAGAAUACGUAUGGAAAACAUAUUGAGUGGAAACCCUCUCCUUAAUCUCACUGGCCCAUCCCAGCCUCAGGCCAACUUCAAAGUUAAAAGAAGGUGGGAUGAUGAUGUUGUUUUCAAGAACUGUGCAAAAGGUGUAGAUGAUCAGAAGAAAGACAAAAGAUUUGUAAAUGAUACACUGCGAUCUGAAUUUCACAAAAAGUUCAUGGAGAAAUAUAUUAAAUAGUACAGUUUUAUGUGCUUAAUUAAAGAUUGUAAAAUGUAAACGAUCAUUCUGACUUUGUUCUGUUUUCUCUUUCCCCAUCUACGUUAUGCAUAGGCUUCCCUAAUUUUAAGUUCCAAAAUGUACUCUCCUUUAUGGAUCCAUUAUUUGAUAAGGACUUGGGAAUUGGUUUAACCUAGUUUCGAUUCUUGGAAUAUUUCCAGUCAUAUGUUUUCCUUUUAAUAUGGGAAAGGGAGCCUUCUUAUAAUAAAUAUUUUGAAAAAUCUAUAUAACCAAAUCUGUGUCCCCAACUUUUUUGUUGAAAUGUAUGCAGCUUUUAAAACAUUGCAUAUUUUGUUUUGUGAAUUGUAUUUCUUUGUGCAUUAAUUUUUUCUCCUCAUUUCUUUGACAUUGAUUUAAGGUCAGUUAAUGUGUGAUGUCUUCUCUGCUUUUUUAAAAGCGUGAUGGAAGAUGAAAAGAAUUCUGUUUUGGCCCACAUGUUGGUAUAGAAGAGUGUCCUCAACCUCUAAGCUCCCUGAGUGUGUGUCUGAGGGUGCAUGGGGUAUCUUUCGCUUCUUCAAGCACUCCUUUCUUUUUCUCUUGGCCCAAAACAGCUCCUUAAGCAUGCCCAGUAAGCAUGUGGCACUCACCUGUGUUUUCCUGGAUACUCAACGGCCAUGUCUCUUUUGAAUGAGAUAGAGUUUGCACACUGAUCGACUUUAGGAUGCAGAGCGUAGGAAAGUUCUAAACAGCAAACAGUACAUGAAAUAAAACCUUUGGAAAUAGGA